GAAGAGACUGUGCCCCUGCAGCUCCCCUGUCACCGGCUCCGAGGAGCGUCGGGCCCCCCCCCCGCCCAGCCCUGCAGCACCCAUCCGACAACGCCAGACUGGGCGCAACUGGGGCAGCUGCGACUUUGAAUCUCCCACAUCCGCGGCCUGAGGGCUGCCGCCACCGAGAAAUGGAGGCACAGAGCUGUGAACAAGAGACCACGGCUCGGCGAAAUGGCGGUGCCAGGAGCCUGAAAGGGAAUGCAGCCGGCGGGGUUGUCAAGGACGACAUUUGUUUUGGCGCGACCAACGGUGCUGUCACCAAGAAACCGUCGACUCUGAGAAAAAAAGAGAAGUUCGGCUGCCGAGAAACUCCGUGCAACAAGUGCUGUGACAGCAAAACCGCCGGCUCCGCGCCGCUGGCGAAAGAGCCAACGGAAACGCCGGGUGCUGCGACCGCGACGCCGGCACGAGAGGGCCUCGGAUGGAGAAAGCCCGGCACCGAGACGAGGAAACUGUGCACAGCACAACUACCAGUUGACACCAACAGAAAAGUGUCUGGUCUGCUCUCUGGGAGAAAGCGCGGAUCAAAACCAGCAACUCAGUGGAGCGAACCCCGCAGCCACUGAAGGAGUUGCCCACGUGGCGGUGGGGCCAGGGAAACACCGCGAUGUGGACGAUAGCCGUGGGGGAUACGACAGAGAAACAUGCGCGGCCACAGAAGUACAUCCAGCUCCGCGCAACCAGUGGUUCUGCGAUCCAGAAACCGCCAGACGGGCUCGACUAGAAACUUCUAAAAAACUGUCGUCCCAUAGCAGCUUUGCUACCCACGACAGACAGUCGCCUUUAGAGAGCACCUAACGGUGCUGAGACCGGCCUGGGCCAGCAAAAGCGCAGAGCGGUGCCGGUGCCAAGAAACGCCGGACUUGGUGAAACCAACCUUGUGACCACCGAUUCCACUGGCUUCGCAGGACGCAACGGGCGAAGGCGCGGCGGAGAAACCGCAGGCUCCCUUCACCGAUUAUGCUGCGGGCUGGGGAUGGUGGGGGGCACCCGCGAAGUUGUGAAACCAGCGGCGCUGGGACCCAGCGAUCACCUGCCUGUAGCAAAUGCCUGUGCAGUUGCAAAAGACAACUUUUGGCGGAAAGAAGGCUGCCGCCAGAAAGCAUGGGAUAACGCUGACAAAGGCGUGGCGUUGCCGGUGAGAAACCGCCGGCGCUGGGAAAGGAACGGUGCAGCGACCGACCAACUGCCCACUCGGUGCCACCAAAGUGCUAUCGGCUCUACCCACUCUGUCCCCCACGGGCUUAGGGAAGUCUGUUGUCUUUUUCUUUUCUUUUUUCCUCUGUCGCCUAGGCUGGUGCAGUGGUGUCAUCUUGGCUCAGCGCAGCCUCGACUUCCUGGGAUCCAGCGAUCCUCCCGCCCCAGCCUCUAGAGUACCUGAGUCCACAGGCCACCCCUCGCUCCCAGGCUCUCCUCCCGGUCCAGAGCCCACAGGAUCCUACAGGAGGGGCCGACAAGGGCUUGCCCUUGAAACUUGAAAGUCUCGGGCUAAGGUUCCCUAGGAGCGUAAAAGGCACAGCGUUUUCUGAUCGCAGCUUCAGGUCUCCCCGGCCUGUCCCGGUACCUCUCCUGCGGGACGGAACUCUGUGGGAAUCGCUCGUUGAUUCUGAUGGUUAACUCUGUCAUAUGUCCUUGAUAUUGGGCAUAGGAGUUGGAAGAGGGCAGGAGAGAAAAAUGAACUGCAAGACUCCAGCACAAGAGGUGGGAUUGAUGGCAGACGUCUGCUCCCUCUCCAAACCUAAUGAACAUCUCAAAGUGCCAUCCACUUUCCUAUACCCUUGAUCUGUGAAAUGGAUCACUGACGCUUUCUCUGUCUUUCUAGAAAUGCAAAACAGGUGAAUUUUCAAGCGCUUGAAUUCUCUCUCACACUUUUCAGUCAAGAGUGGGGCUAUAAACUCCUUCCUCAUAGGAAAUAAGGAACUGCCACUGCUUGGAAGAAAAACAUAUUUUUCCCAUAAGCUUUCACAUUUCCCCCAAAAAAAUUACACAUCCAGAUGUAAUCCCCCCAAGAGACUUACAGACCCUACCAGGAGCGUUCCCACGCGAACGCAUCAUCUCCCAAUCGCAUCCUGAGAACACCAUGCAACCAAUUCCACCCUUUUCUGGAUGAACCUGGGCAGAGGACAGGUGCAGAGGAGCCCAGAGAUGGGCCUUGACAAGUCAGGAGACCCAAUUUGGGGUCGCAAUUCUCACUCCCCAGGCGUUUGCUUUGA